UGCACGAGUGCGGUGCCUGGACCGAACGGAGCCGUUCCUUGGGACGCUUGCAACUCUAACUACAACUUCCAUCCCGAGUUAACGCCCGCUAUUGCAACGGCUUCGAUAUUUGGUGUUUUGACGUUGGUUCAUCUAGUCGAAGCGAUAUGGUAUCGAAAGCCUUUCACAUGGACGGUUCUUAUGGCGGCAAGCUGGGAAAUGGGCGCAUUCAUUCUGCAUGCAUACGGCUCGCAAGAUCAACAAGCUCAGGGGUACGCCACAGGUCAUCAGGUGCUAUUCCUGUUGGCUCCUGUGUGGCUGAACGCGUUUGUGUACAUGACCUUUGCACGAAUGGUCUACUUCUUUCGACCAGGCGGAGAACCUCGAGUUUGCUACAUUCCGGCAAGAUGGCUCGGGCGCAUCUUCGUCGUUGCCGAUAUCGCCACCUUCAUCGUGCAGGCCACAGGAGGUGUGAUGGCUGGUCCGACAGUAGAGCCUACCACCAGAGCAAAGGGUGUCAAGAUCUACAUCAUCGGCAUGGGUGUCCAGGAGGGUUUCAUCGUGGUGUUUUUGAUGUUGAUGGCUCGCUUCAACUAUCGUGCCAUACAAAUGAACAAGAACGACGAUGAAGAAGGCUACAUGCCGCGACGAAACUGGAAGGCCCUUCAAUUCGCGCUUUAUGCAGCCUUGCUUGCGAUCACGGCGCGUAUUAUCUUCCGCCUCGUCGAGUUCACCGGAGGCAUGACUCCUGAAGAGAACCCCAUACCCUUCACGGAAGCAUACGCAUAUGCUUUAGACGCCUUUCCCAUGAUGCUGGCAUUGCUCAUUCUCGCUAUCAUACAUCCUGGUCGAAUCCUUCAGGGUACGAACAGC